GUAGUUUUGCAACAACUGGAGGCACCCUGGUUGGGAAACACUGAGUUUUAGUAUUAAAAUAAUUUUUUACCUGCUCUGGUGGCCCCCGCCCGCAGCAGCACACGUGAGCCGGCCCCAGCAGAUAAUUGCAAGUUUUCCUGGGGGGCCGUAUCGCUAUAUCGCAAAAAGCAAAAAUCCCGAUUCGAUUGCUAUUGUGCAGCCCUACAAUGCACUGAGAAGGUUUGGACAUAAUGAGGCGCUCUCUCCGUCUCUCCACAGGUCACAUCUAAUGCCGAGGCUGAAGGAAUCGCGCUCCCACGAGUCUUUGCUUAGUCCCAGUCGUGCGGCUGAAACUCUUGAUCUCAGUAUGGAGGAAGAGGUGGUGAUCAAACCCGUCCACAGCAGCAUCCUGGGCCAAGACUACUGCUUCGAGGUUACAGCAUCGACCGGCAGUAAAUGCUUUUCGUGUCGCUCUGCAGCUGAACGGGAUAAAUGGAUGGAGAACCUGCGCCGCGCCGUUCACCCCAAUAAGGAUAACAGUCGUCGGAUGGAGAACAUGCUGAAGUUGUGGAUUAUUGAGGCCAAGGACCUUCCUGCUAAGAAGAAAUAUCUCUGUGAGUUGUUUCUGGACGAUGUUCUUUACGCACGAACUACCUGCAAACUGAAGACUGACAACGUCUUCUGGGGGGAGCACUUUGAGUUCAACAACCUCCCGUCCCUGAAGACCAUCACCGUGCACUUAUACAAAGAGACAGAAAAGAAGAAGAAGAAGGACAAGAACAACUACAUGGGCCUGGUCAACAUCCCCAUAGCAGCCGUGACCGGGCGGCAAUUAGUGGAGAAGUGGUAUCCGGUGGUGUCCACAAACACCAGCAAAGGCAAAUCUGCAGGACCCAUGAUCCGCAUGAAAAGCCGCUACCAGAGCAUUAACAUCCUCCCCAUGGAACUGUACAAGGAGUUUGCCGAAUAUAUCACCAACAACUACAUGGUGCUGUGCUCCAGCCUGGAGGGCAUCCUGAGCGUCAAGAACAAGGAGGAGAUGGCCUCAGCUCUAGUCCAUAUCUUACAGAGCACCGGAAAGGCAAAG